UUUUAAUUGCAACGAUAUUCAUUCCUAUUUUAAGUGUUUCGUUAUACCUACUCUACUGUUAAAGAGAUCUUCAUGUCUUACUAGAACGACAACAAGUGAGGUGUGCGUCCGGAUUUUUGUCCGGAAGUCGAUGAAUCAAUUGCUAUCUGCGCGUAUUAACUGGUAACUCGGCAAGUCAAGGUUCAGUUAACGUUCUAUCAUCGUGCGGAUCGGAUCGUAGUUUUUAGCCACGCGAUUCUCACGUGUAUUAUCAGACCUACACUUUUCUUUUUAUCAAUUACUGUGAUCAUCAUUUCCGUGCCUUUACGCGUGUAACAUUUUUAGGAAAAGAACAGUGGUCUUUAAAUUAGUGAAAUCUUUCUAAAAAGAAAAAGAUUGAUUAAAUAAAAUCAGUGGAUCAAUAAAAUUGCUAAAUAAUUACGACAAUAAUUAAGCUGAAUUAUCUUUCAAGUACAAACUUCAGUGAUACGUAAAUGAAUUUUCAUAGGAAUAAUGAAAUGCAAUGGAUCCUUUGUUCUCUGUAAUUUAACAAUAGACAUAAUCGUCACUAUACCUAAUACAAUUUUACAACCUCUUAAAUUCUACAACUGUAUCGAUUGUAUGAAAAAAUUAAUUCCGUUACAAAUAAUCAAACACCUUUAAUAGCAGUGUUGUUUCACAAAUAACACAUAAACGCGUCAUGACUAGAAAGGAAGCCGAUGUCUCGCGAUAAACUUACGAAACGAAGGUACGCAUAUCGAUCACGAGGUGCUGAUGAUUAUUUGAAAAUAGGAAAAAAUGUGGCUGAAGGAUGUGCAUGACGACGCCUUACUGGCUGCGAAUUUCGUGAACUCGCGACGCAGCGUCCAAAACGAAAUUUUUGUGAAUCGUAGCCUUCAUUUAGAAAAUAUCAAGUUCUAUGGAUUCGACAUGGAUUACACGUUAGCAGAAUACAAGUCGCCACAGUAUGAACAACUGGGUUUUACACUAUUGAAAGAUCGUCUAGUGUCCCUGGGAUAUCCACAGGAAAUUAAAGCAUUCGAAUAUGAUCCCAGUUUCCCGGUGCGGGGACUUUGGUUCGAUACUCUUUAUGGGAACCUCCUUAAAGUGGAUGCCUAUGGAAACAUCCUAGUUUGCGUUCAUGGUUUUGAAUUUUUGAAACAUUCACAAGUAUACGAACUUUAUCCGAAUAAAUUUUUACAAUUAGACGAGUCCAGGGUAUACGUGCUCAAUACAUUGUUCAAUCUUCCUGAGACAUAUUUAUUAGCCUGUUUGAUAGACUUUUUCACGAAUUCGCCGCAAUACACGCGAGAAAAGACAGGGGUAAAAGAGGGAGAGCUUACAAUGAGCUUUAAAAGCAUAUUCCAAGAUGUACGAAACGCUGUAGAUUGGAUACACCUUCACGGUAAUUUAAAAACGAAAACUAUCGAGAAUUUGGACGAAUACGUGAAGAAAGACAAGAGACUGCCGAUGUUUCUUAAUAGAAUCAGAGAAAGUGGAGCAAAAAUAUUUCUUUUAACGAAUAGCGACUAUGUCUUUACUGAUAAAAUUAUGACUUAUCUUUUCGAUUUUCCACAUGGUGCAAAGCCUGACGAACCGCAUAGAAAUUGGAAAACGUAUUUUGAUACUAUCGUAGUAGAUGCUAGGAAACCAUUAUUUUUUGGUGAGGGUACUAUUUUGCGGCAAGUAGAUACCAAAACUGGAGCUCUGAAACUUGGGACACACAAGGGCCCACUUCAUACAGGAGAAGUUUACUCAGGAGGUUCCUGUGAUGUAUUCACGGAAUUGAUAGGUGCAAAGGGUAAAGACGUAUUAUAUGUUGGUGAUCAUAUCUUCGGUGAUAUAUUGAAGAGUAAAAAAAUCAGAGGAUGGCGAACAUUCUUAAUAGUGCCUGAACUGGUGCAAGAGCUUCAUGUUUGGACGGACAAAUGUCAAUUAUUUGCCGAGUUACAGAAUUUAGACGUCAUGCUAGGAGAAAUGUACAAAAAUUUAGAUAGCAGCACGAAAGAAAAACCUGAUAUUUCCAAGUUGCGAGCAUCUAUAAGGGACGUCACGCACAAAAUGGAUUUAUCUUAUGGAAUGAUGGGUUCAUUAUUCCGCAGUGGAAGUAGGCAAACCUUUUUCAGUAGUCAAGUAGUAAGGUAUGCUGAUCUUUAUGCAGCAACCUUUUUGAACCUCAUUUAUUAUCCAUUUUCAUACAUGUUUCGAGCUCCUGCUAUGUUGAUGCCUCACGAGAGUACAGUUGCUCAUGAACAGAGAUUUGUUAUGGAAACGCCAAUGAUUAGUCGAUCUCGGACAUUCAAACUUACUGAUGAAGAAGAAGAAGAAAAUAAACCUACUAAAACUUUGUACGUGGAUUGUCCGAAUAAUCAAAUACCACACCCAAGGCCAGAAACUCCACGUAAUGUGACGCAUACCCACGAUGAAGAUUGUAGUGAUGAAGACAGUGAUUCUCAGAAACAAGCAAACCAUAUAAGAUCGUGUACAAGGAAUUCUAAUUGUAAAUGAAUUACUUUCACUGACAUUUCAUUUGGUUACAUUUUAUUCUUGCAUUCUUUUUUUGACCAUUUACUGAUAUCACUAAAGGAUUUAGUAGAAUCUUGCUAUAUAAAUAUCUAUGUUUAAAAAUCUUGAUCAAAUCUAUUAAAAUUAAUCAAUAAUAGAUCUCAUUCCUUUGUUUGCAUGAAAAAAAUUAUUGUAAUUGCAUUAAGUUUCCAUCACAUUCAUAAAAUACAUAUUCCCGAAUGAUUAUAAAAUAUAAUAUUAAUAUAUAUAAAGGGUAAGAGUAAAAAACGAGGAAUGUUAAUUUUUCUUAAUUUUCCAUUUUAUAACACAUUGUUCUGAUUUAAUAGUUUUGUAGCCCUAGUUCUCAUAAAAUUAUAAUGUUCAAAAUGUCUCCAUAAAAUAGCAUUAAAAAUUUGAUGUGCU